UCAGCGGGGCGGAAGGACACGGCUUCCCUCUCACUCACAAAGGAGGCAAAGAAGAACAACUUUGUCUCUGAGGGGCAAAUAAUCAUCAUCUUCAGCACAGAUUAUACAUCACAUUUUUUUUUUUUUUUUAAGCAUUAUUAAGCAGGAAUGAUUAAAACCACAUUAACCAUGGUGACCCAAACCAGAAACUGGCAUAAUUGGAUUUCAAACAACAGCAGUCAUUGGAAAUUUUAAGUUGGAUACUCCAUCACCAGGGAAUCCAGGAUUUUGUACAACUGAAUACCUAAUCACUGUGGAAACAGUACUGAAGAGCGUGUAGCAUCAGAUUGUUGGAGGCAGGGUCCACCAUGCUGUACUUCCAGGUGGUGAUUUUGGCAGCUACAGUGAUGCUGGUUUACUACUGUGAGUUUACUGACACCUUCAGUCCAGCCCAACAGGGCUUUAUCUGCAGAGACCCUGCUUUAACUAAACCAGACCCUGGACCUGAACAGGACAGCCGUGUACAGCCAGUGAUACUGUACUCUGUGGUGGGUGGACUGCCUGUUGUGCUGGUGAUGAAAGCAGCAGUAGUGAGAGUACUGACAACAGGAGCAGCAGUGAUGAAGACUCCGAUGGAAAUCACGAUGCACUUCCUAGCACCAUGCUACCUGGAGGUGACAGAUGAUGACCCUGCCUAUGUCUUACGCUUCAAGACUACAUUCAGAGAGGACCUCAUCAAGCGGAAGGAGAACCUGAACAUGUCAUGGCUGAAGAUUUCAGGCGUAGAGCUCGUUAUCUUCCUCCUUCACUACAACUCAAACAACCUAUACAACCAGGAGAAGGUUGUUGUCAUGGGUGACUGUUGCUACGUGAACCCCAUGGUGCGCAGGACCUUCCGUUUCCUUGGUGUGUAUGUCUUUGGUCUGUUUACAACAGACAUAUUUGUCAACACAGGUCAGCUGGUCACAGGAUGUCUGGCUCCUCACUUCCUGUCUGUUUGCCAGCCCAAUUACACAGCCCUCGGCUGUCUGGACACAACGCUUUUUGUCAGCCAAUCAGAUGCUUGCACUGGUGACCCUGAUGACAUCAUGAGAGCCAGAAAGACUUUCCCCUCCAAAGAGGCUGCGCUGAGUCUGUAUACGGCUGUUUACCUGGCAAUGUACGUCAUGUCCUGUGUCGGUUCCAGAGGAGGCCGUCUGACUGGACCCCUCGUCAGCCUCUCAUUGGUCAGUCUGGCUGUGCUAACAGGCAUCAACAGAGUGGCCGAGUACCGAAACCACUGGAGUGAUGUCAUUGCAGGACAAGCCAUUGGGGGAGCUAUUGCUGUAUUUCUGGUGAUGUUUGUGGUUCAGUAUUUUAAAAAGAGACCUGUGAUUUCUCAGAGUCCCUCAGACACAGGCACAGCAGACACUGAUGAGGCUUCUCCCCAAAGAAAUCACAGCAUGGAAGCCAGUGACAAAUACAUUGUUACAAAGAGUCCAGGAUCCUUCACAGAAGUCACAUGACUAUGAACCCCCCCCACUGCAUGACCAGGGGGAAAUGGAAGUCACCUGUUCUACGUCACAUUAGGACCUUCAUAUUCAAAGACCUUAUUCUCUUUAAGAUCCUUUUUGCAGCAUUUGGAAAUAAUCAGUUAUUACCACCUUAAUCUUGACUAAUGAGUGUAAAUGUGGCAAACAAAUGGUCACUACAUGCAUCUGCUUUUGUCUUGCAUGAUGCCAAAUCAGUUUUGCUGGAUAUCUGCUUUAUCCUCAGCUUCUUGUGCGCAGCAGGAAGUGGGUGCUUUUCUUCCACAAUGAAAUCUGGCAGGCGCAGUUCAAAAAGAAAGGGAAAAAAAGCACAAAUGUGUUAUUAAUUUUGGCAAUACCAUUGGUGUCAGACAAAAGCUGCUGUCACUUUAAACAUAGUCUGAUUUGUUUACUUUAAUUAUACCAAAGCCUAUGAUGCUACACUGUAAAUAAUGGUAGGCUACAUGUACAAACAAGUUCUUCAUGUCUUCAUGUCUAUGGAGAUAUGCAAAGUCUUGGGCUGUUGUAAAACUGCGCGUACUUGGGGCAACAAAAAAGUUUGUCUUGGGUGCAUCGAUACAAUAAACAAACUAGAAAGGAUGGCAGAAGAGGUAUCCACACAGCAAUGUUACUGCGCUAGAAAGCCACAAAAAGGUCCACAGGCUGAUAUCAGUGCAAAAAUAGUCUAUUUAUUUAAGAUAUCUGUGCACAAAAAGGUGCACAGUGAAAAAAUAUUAAAUUAAAAACAGCAGCAAAUGUUUAGGUCCUCAUACACUAUAGCACUGAUGAUAGUCCUUUUUGUGGCUUUCUAGCCCAGUUACAUUGGUGUGCGGGUAUCUCCUCUGCCAUCCAUUCAUGUCUAAUAUGACAUUACAUAAAACAGUGGACCAUGAAUUCAUAAUAUAUAUCAUAGAAUAUUAGUAGUAAUCCAUAGGUUUUAGGGUGUGUAAAGGGAAAAUUGAGUGAAAUCAUGUCGGUCACUUUGUGUUGGUUGCAUCUGUGUUUAAUGGUAGUUUGAUUGCAUAACUUCCAGUUUUGUUGGUUUUGUAUAUCUCUGUUUAGUAAUGUAUUUGCAUGUUUUAGUUCUUUUUUGUUUGUUUACCGUUCUAAUAAAGUCUGCUGUAUAUCCAAACGUUCCAGAAUUUUAAAUAAAAAAAUCUCAGACACUGCUAAUCAAAAUGAUGAUAAGACCUGGUCUCAUAAGCCAGUAUGAUGUGUUCUGGGGCAGUAGGUAUUUACUUAUUUUAGUCAAUAAAAAAUUAUAGCUUCAUAUACUGUAGCUGUUGAUAUGAAUGCAUAUUUGUCUCUUCUGAUAAGUGUACAAAUGUAAAUAUACUAUGGAUUUAGUUUCGCCAUGAAGUAGGAACUUAAAUCAAGUUGCCAUGAAGCUGUCACAAGUGAUUUCUCAGACUGAUGCUGAAACUUUUGACAUUGUUAGUGCAGUGAUGUGAUGACUUCUUCAAUGCAUCAUCUGUAGGGAUGUUUAGGUGUCUGGGCUUCAGUGGAUGGUGAAAUGAAUGAGAAAGGCCUCAAAACUACAAUGUUGAUUUUAAGGUUGUACAGUAGCAGAAGUCAAAAUCAGU